ACUAUGGAGCCCAGCUGUGCAUAAUCAGCUUUGCCAGACACUAAGAUGGCCGCCGUAACCUCGGAUGUGACGGGAAUGGUGUUGGCUUGUCCUACAGGUGGCGCUGUGGCUCCCCCGCAGAUCACGGAGGAAAAGGAAAGAUGGCCAGCCAGGAGGACCCGGUGCAAAGGGAGAUCCACCAAGACUGGGCCAACCGGGAGUACAUCGAGGUGAUCACCAGCAGCAUCAAGAAGAUCGCCGACUUCCUUAACUCGUUUGACAUGUCUUGCCGCUCACGCCUGGCGACAUUAAACGAGAAGCUGACGGCGUUGGAGAGACGGAUCGAGUACAUAGAAGCGAGGGUCACCAAAGGAGAAACGCUGACAUAGAGGCCCCUCCCCCGCCUGUCAUUCAAAUAUUUUAUAUACAAAUAUUCGCUAUGAACUCCUCCCCCCUUCAUCUGAUAACACUGCGGCAUCACCUUGAUCAUUCCUCCAUGGAACUUUAUUGGUCGGCAAAAGCCACGUGAUGCACAAUUCCUCGUCUGGAUGAUGGGACGUGCAAGAAGCGGGGUGGUUUCCCAAUUAUUUUUCUCUUUUGUAUCAGUGUGUCUGUACCUUUUAAACUGUGUUAAAAUAAAUUGAACCAAUCAA